AGCCCCUCUUGUGAAGCGCUCGUUCUUCCAGUAUACAACACGAAAUCUAUCCAACCACGACAGAAAGUAGCACGACUACAAGUCGAAAUGGCCUAUGUCCUCUCUAUCGCUGUCGACGGACCCGGGACGGAUCCCAACCACCGAUCACACUGGGCUUUCGCAAUUCACAAGCGCGGUGUAGGGAGAGGAGAUGUCAUGCAUGUCGCUCUGCUGGACUUGGAGAGGUUGAUCUAUCAAUUUGAUAGCCGAAAGGAUGUUGAAUUUCGAAGUCCAGGGUCUGAAGGCUCAUUCGAGGUCGGCUACUUGACACGAGAGCAUAUGAGGCAAGCCGUCGAGAUCAUCAGCAGAGAGCCAGCACCAAGGGAUGGUGUACAGAAAUGUCAGGACUGGAUAUUGAGUGCCGUUAUUUCGCUAGAGGCAGAGGAGAUUGUGCCUCCUGGGACAUCAGACUUGAUAUCCAAAUUGGUUGGGCAGCCUGCGGUUGUGGUAGCACAAGCGGUCGGCGAGAGAUGGACAAUGACUGACGAGUAGUAAUUGUCGUUAUACACGGACACGACGUGACUGUACCAAAGGAGCCCGUCAGGUUGCUAAGAGAGAAGGACGAAGAUGUAUUUUCUAGGAGGUAGCAUAAAUAAUAUUCAAAAUAAAGCACCGGAGAAUAAUA